AUGCGAUGGGGUUUAGCUCCUCCACCGCCUUUGUUGGCCGUCUCUCGGGCCCAAACUCGAAGCCAGAAUGUUCGCAUCGACUCAGGCCUUGACACAUUCGCCAUACCCCGCGACGAGGCUCAAGAAAGCGACACCGCAAUACCGGAUGGUACAGUGGCCGCUGUUCGUCGCGAUGACACACCACAAUCCGAUCUGGAAGAUGCUGAAGGGUAUUUCGGUCAAAGUAGUAAUAUCGCCUUCUCCAAUGCCGCAAGGCUUCAACUAAGCUCUCGACCACCUUCUCCACCGCGCCUCGGCGCUGAUACUUUAGCAACCCCCAAAGACUCAGUAGGUGUCGAGCAUGGCCAGUCACUCGCGGCACCAGCCUUUGGCGCCCCACCCAAUAAUAAAUACAACGCCCAAAGUUGGCUGCGCUUCAGUGAACCACCAUUACCAGCACUGAACCUUGCUAGAUACUAUCUUCCCCCACCUGAACAGGGUUUCGAGAUGUCGUCUUGGUACUUUGAGAAUGCUAGUCCGACGUACCGGAUCCUUUACCAGCCGUCUGUGGAGGCCAUGGUCGAAGGCAUGUGCGGUGAAAGCCAAUGGCUUGGGGGCGGAGGCGGUCAUAAGUCGGAGCUGAGCCGAGUCGAAGAAUGCUUGGUCUUGAUGGUAUGGGCGCUCGGGUGUCAGUAUCCUAAGUCUCGAGCUGGCCGAUCGUUUGCACCCAAGGAACUUGCAUGGCUUCAGCAAAAGGGACUCCAGUACUUCCAACUCGCCCAGCUCAUAUUAGACAAGGAAAGAUCGCUGAUUGAUCGACUCGUUGUUCUCCAAGUCCGGUUGUUAAUGUGCCUAUAUCUGCUGACCGCAGCUCGACUCAAAGCGGCAUGGGACCUCUUCUCAACGGUCAAAAACAUGGCCAACAACCUUGACCUCAGCCGUGUUGAGUACCCAUUGGGGUCCAGAAUUGGUAUGCACACUGUCAAGUGUGUAGAUUCGUUGCAAGCGGAGCAACGGAAACGAGCGUUCUGGGCGGUCUACACUUUGGACACUUAUCUAUCCGCCAUGUUGGGUAAGAUCUUUAUCUUCGACGAGAGCGAUAUUAGAAUUGGCCACGCAACGCUUGAUGACGAAGACAUUGUCACUGGCAAGGAUCCUAGCCGCCCCCCGACCAUACCCCAAAGCCCUGAUGGGUUCCCAUCUUUAAUGGGGGCGCCGAGUGCACAUGCAAAGUUGGCGAGAAUCAUCAGGCAAGCUCUAAAGACUCUCUACUUAACUCAGGAUGUUGAACCAAACGUUACCAAGAUCGAGGAACUUGCCGCGGCGAUGCAACAAUGGGAAGACGACUUGCCGGACUUUCUCCGUUUAAAGAGUAGCCGAAGUUUGCUCCCAAUAUAUGCACGCCAGUCGACCGUGAUUCGACUGGCAUGCCACCAUGCCUAUCUUCUUAUUUUCAGACCCUCGCUACCUCUGUCUAUGCUCUCCAGAUAUAGCACGGGGGAAGAUGCCGUCUUGGCACCUCAUAUCCGCUCCUUUCAGGACCAGUGCUUAGAGGCUGCCCUUUCCAUUGCGGAAAUUAUCUCAGCCUUGCUCCGAGAAAGCAGCAUAACUGGUCAAUUCUGGUUUAGCGCAUAUGUCAACUUUUGCGCAGCUACCGUAAUGCUGGUAUACCUAGCGCACAACCCAUCAACUCCACGGAAGCAGGAGAUUUGGGAGGCUGCUCAAGCCUGCUGCGAGGCCGAGCGAAGCUUUACGCCAACAAAUCGCCUGGCAGGGAGAUAUGUUGCGGCACUCGAGGACCUCACUCAAAAGCUACAACGACGGCUUACAAUGAGGCACUUACAUCCAAGCUCAAUGCCACCAACCCCUGCAGUUAUACAAACUCCGCAAUCAAUCAUGCACGCUCAGUACAUACCUAGCAACGUUUUUGAUUCAGGCUAUUUUCAAUAUAAUGAGAGAGAAGGAUCGAACUUCCCCGACGGCAUUAAUUCGGGACUUUCUCUGGAACCUAGUUCUACUUGUAACCCUCCAGCUCAGAAUGAGCAAUGGGAUGAUUUUCUUACGGGCAGUCUUGAAAAUUCGUCUUUCUUUGAUCUGGAUUCCCUGGUUUCUGGAGGCCAGUACUUUGGUUGGCCGGAGAACUGAAGAUGAGGCAGGCUGUCUCUGUUAGCUGGUAGAGCUAUGAACCCCGCUUGGAAGGCACUGGGAAC